AAUCGAAUAUUGUCCAUCUCUAACAUUUAAAAGAGGCUAGUUGAAUCUUUGAAUACAAUAAUAGUUUUAAAUAUUAUAGCAUGGCGGACGAAAGCAUUACUCGUAUGAAUUUGUCGGCAAUCAAGAAAAUUGAUCCAUACGCAAAAGAAAUUGUAGACUCGUCAUCACAUGUCGCAUUUUACACCUUUAAUUCGGAACAAAAUGAAUGGGAGAAAACGGAUGUUGAAGGCGCUUUUUUUAUUUACCAUCGCAAUGCGGAGCCAUUUCACAGCAUAUUCAUUAACAAUCGACUAAACACAACGUCAUUCGUGGAGCCAAUAACUGGCAGCUUGGAGUUGCAAUCGCAGCCACCAUUCCUGCUAUACCGCAACGAGCGGUCUCGCAUCCGUGGCUUCUGGUUCUACAACAGCGACGAGUGCGAUCGUAUCAGUAGCCUGGUAAAUAGCUUGCUGCUAAACAAGGCCAGUAACGGGCAACAACAGCAGAAACAACAACAGCCGGCAUCAUUAUUGGCAUGUUCGAAGCCGGGCAACUCGAGCAUAUUCAACAUGCUAAGCCAGGCGCAAAAAGAAUAUAAUGCACAGUUAAAUUGCCAGUCACAGCCGGGAGCUACAGUUAUUCAGCCCGAAAACGUGACUUCGCGAAAUGUUAUGAAGUUCUUUGAGUCUGCGAAGCAGGCUACGGUGGAGUCUCACUUGAAUCGACCACAACCUCUUUCGGUAGAUCAGCUAGAAAAACAGCAGCGAUCUGUUACGCCCAUCGAGGCAUCUACAAGAGAUGGCGAAUUUGUUGGUUCUUCGCAAUGUCCGCUAUCACCAUUUCUAACGGCAACAACAUCGUCAACGGCUCGGAAUACAGUAGGCAAACCGAACUCUUUCCUAAGUGAACUUAAAUUUGAGAAAAGCAUAGAGGAAUCAUCACCGUCAGGUUCCGCAUUAAUUGCAACUGAUGAAGCUGAGCAGUGUCUCAGAAGGCUGCUCGUCGGUGACAAGCCGGAUACUAAGCCGGCGCUUAUGCCGCCAACCAUGUUUGAUGUGCCCAGCGUCAAAUCGGAACCAGAGCAACCAUAUUUUCCACUUAACUCUGCGCAAUUCGUGCAGGCCUUUACUUACCUUAUUCAGAACGACAAGGAAUUUGUUAAUAAGUUGCAUAAAGCCUACAUCAAUGGCUGUUCAAAUUCAUUGAUUGACUCUAAUACAACAUAUCAAUAAAAAUUGUAAUAUUUU